AUGGUCGAGGAACCUUGUUUUGGCAUGACUCAUGGUAAUCUGCCUAUUUUUCUUAAGGUAGAAUUUGGUGGGGUGCAGAUAAGAAGGGAUUGUCUUGGUUUCUUGGUUCGUGACAUUCAUGAUGGAGAAUGGAAUAUACUUCUGAGGCGUAUUCAAGAAGGUGUAAGGAUUCUCAACUUCAUACAAUCGAUGCAAUUUAAUGUCACGAAUGACGCACGUAUUUGGAAGGUGGAAAGAGACAGAAAGUUCAUUUUGAACUUAACUUGGGAGUCUAUUCGCGAGAAUGGGGACAAUGUGGGUUGGUUUCAUGUUGUAUGGUCCACUAAGAUCAUUCAGAGGCAACAAUUCGUGUUGUGGUUGUUGUUUAGAAAGAGGCUCUCAACUAGGGAUCAUCUUAAAUGUUUCAUGGAUAUUUUGGAUCCUAAUUGCAUACUUUGUGAAAGCAAUGAAGAGACGAUGGAUCAUUUAUUUGGUGGUUGUUCGUUUACAUUCGAGUUAUGGAGAAGGUUUACAAAAGCUAUGGAGUUAACUUUCUUACCCUCGGACUUGUAA